AUGGACUCUCCGGCGCCACAGCAGCCUGCAACCGCGAGCGCCAGCGGGAAGAAGCAGCGCGGAGAGCGAUGGGGCGAGCAGGAGGAUGCGAGAUUUGUAAAUCUCAGGAUUGAGAAUCCGGAUAUGUCGUGGGAAGAGUUUCAAAGGAAAUUCUUCCCUCAUCGCACCACAGCAGCUCUACUUUGGAGGCAUUCGACCGUACUGAGAGCGAGAAUUGAGCAGAAAAAGGCCGCGUCUGCUAGGGAUGCUGCAGCUGCCGCGGCAUCGUUGUCCUUCCAAGAUCGUGAGACCAUUUCUCCAUUCACCGAGAGCGAAGACGACACGGCGAGCCACGCCUCGUAUGAAGCUGGCCGUUCACUUCGCCAUCGACGCGAUUACACGGACAAACCAGGGGAUGAACCAAGCUCGAAGAGACGACGAACCCUCCCUGCCAGGACUCGCCGUAGACCGGUCCGUUUAGGCUACGAAGAUGAUGCUAUGGCCGAAGAUGAUGGACUGGUUAAGCUUCUCGAUUUGGUAACCGCGGAAGAUUUUGUCAAGAUACAUCAGCGGGCGAAGGCCUGUCUCUCAGAGACCAAACGAGCUGAAAACGCGCUACGCCAGAACGCCGAACUGGAACGCCGAUUGAAAGAGGUAGAAGCCGAACUUCGAGAGCUUACUGAGCGGUCGAAAACGGACCCCAAAAAGUCUGAUCAAGAAACGGAAGACCGAAAGGAUAUAAAGUAUGAAGGGCUUGAGGUCGAGCUUACAGGAAUGGACGAGGAGUCCAAAGCCAAGGUCAAAUCCUCCUGGGAGACCAUCAAAUCAAAGGUCCGCGACACGUUUACUCUUCGGCAAUGGGACGAGGCCGGCAUGGGCCCGGCAGUGAAUACAGUCCAGCAAGUUAUCGACAAGCUUAUGGAGACGUCAGCUCCAACAGCUCCAAAUGGGCAUCACGGAGAUGAUGCCGUCACCACACAAAAAUCCCCAGCGAUGGGGAUUUGA